AUGGGAUCUAUCGCCGGGCCUUGGAAAAAUAUCUCUAGUAUUUGGAAUAUUUUAUUAGACGUCGAUAUUGAUCUAAAUAAUGCUUCGUCAGCGUUUCUCGCAAAUGGUAAAAACAUUUCUUUCUGGCUAGAUAGUUGGGCUGAUCCGGUUCCAUUCUAUUUAAAAUUCCCAGACUUAUUCAAAGCAGAAAAAAAUAAAGAUUGUAUGGUGCAUGACCGAAUGGGGCAACUUAUGGGCUUGAUUGGUGGGAUGGCUACGACGUUCGGAACUGAUAAGUGGUAUUGGAAGUAUGAGGGGUCUGGUCCCAAAAAAGUUGGAAUUGUAGCAUGGAGGGUGGAGAUGGAACGCCUGCCGACCAAGUGUGCUUUAGCAGCUUUGAGUAUACCGGUGCAGAGUCGAUCAUGUGUUUUGUGUGGAAAUUACGAUGAGACUAGUGAACAUAUUUUUGUUUCAUGUCAAUUUGCACAAAUGAUAUGGCAGAAUAUUGCGGGUUGGUGUAUGAUUCCUCCGAUCAUUGCAUUCGACAUAAAGGACUUACUCACGUUGCACGAGAUCAGCUCGGGUUCAAGCAGGAAGAAAAAAGCGUUGUGUGUGGUUAUGUUGGUAACAUUUUGGAGUAUUUGGAAGACGAGGAACGAGGUCGUGUUCGAACAAACAGUGCCGAAUACUACAAAGAUUCUAGAUGAAAUUAAAGCAAUGACAUAUUUAUGGGUGAAGAACCGGUCUAAGAUGGCGACGUUAACAUGGGAAGAUCGGAGUAGAUUCAAUGUUGGUGGAUAA